CAUGAGAGCUGUCUUUAGCGUCUUCGACGCGGUCUCCGACUCCAUUGUCUUGUACCUCCUGGGGGCCAUGCAAUCGGCGCCUUUCAAGAAUCAGUUGUUCCCAGUCUGGGCUCUUGUUCUUGUCAAUUUCCGUUACAGUGCAGACUACAUCUCUGGCUAUGGUGUUCCUGACCGCGGCGGACGAAGGUUCACUGAGUGGAGAAAUGUUUUCAAGCUCCUGGGAUCGGCAUUCUUGAAUUGGACUCGUGGAUCCAGUUUCACGGGUCCACUGUGGUCGGUCUGGUGUCUGCAGAUCAUGAGGAGCGCCUACAGAUUCCGUUCACAUAAUUUAGCGUCCGUUUCUGUCUGGCAUGGUGGGAGUUCGGAGCUUGUUGCAGAGCACAUGCGUGCCAUGUAUGACCGUUUAAAGGACGCUUCUAAGAAAAAAGAAAGCUUGAAGGAUGGUUCUAAAGAAAAAGAAUACUUGAAGGAGGAUCUCAAGCCAGUGGCAAUGAAAGACUACAGCUACUUGGUCUAUGGAGAAACAAAGCGACGUUUCAAACUAAAGAAGCCUCAGUAUGCAUUGUCUACCGACAAUACAGGACCACUCAUCACACUGGACAAGAUCUGGGACUUUCCAAUUGACCAGGGUAAGGAUGGCAAGGAUAUCCCGCUGGCCUUUGCCUUGUCCAGGCUGCGGUGCAGGCUGGAGAAUGUGUCGCUGCAAAGAUGUAUAUUUGGCAUAAACCGAGAGCUGAUCAAGAACAUAAUUGGUGGUAAGAUAGGUACCAGCGAUGCACUUAGGAUAAUGGAGCUGCAGCUUGCGUUUGUCCAUGACUAUUUCAACACCCGCUACCCCAUGGUGUUCUGGUGUGGGCUCCGAUCUCUCUUCUUCAGUCUGGUUCCAUCUGUGCUAACCAUCGGUGCACUCAUUUUUCUUGCUGUGGACAUCCGUAAGGUCUAUAAGCCACCCACUGGCGACCUUGCCAAUCUGGUGAAGGGUAUUAAUGUCGACAUGAUCAUUACAUGGGUAUUCAUUUCACUGAUGAUUGUGAAGGAGAUAUGGGAGAUGCUGACCUACUUACUAUCAGACUGGACAACCUUAAUCAUGGGGUGCGAGUAUGUGCAGCGGAAGUUCAAGAGGACCAAAAAAUGUAUAGAUUCAUGGGUGGACUGGGUUCUACUGUAUUUUUCCAGAACAAAGAUUUCUGGUAGGAGGUGGCAUGGAUACAUUGACCAGUAUGUCUUCGUGCAGUCAUACGAUUACAGACCGACAUUUUGGAAUCUCAUUCACAAUCUAACCACAGGAAUAAUUCCAAAGAAGGAUGAUGGGGCAAAGCUCAGCAGCGCCAUCAAAGUUCCGGACUAUGUCAGGGUGGCAGUCCUGGAGAAGGUCACAAAAAUUAUGGAGGAAGAACUAGGUUGCAGUCCCGCAAAAAAAGGUUGCAAUCUGCCCAGGUUCAUCAAGGCAUUGUGCAACAGCAACCUUAGUAAGCAGUUGCAGAACUACCAGGCUUACACAGCACGGCCCAUGAGCACUCAGAUCGUCCUGGAGACAAGCCCUCAGAUCAUCCUGCCAACACCAACAGGCACUCACUUUGUCCUACCGUCAAGUACUAACACUGUCCUGUCAGCAAACUCUCACAACGUGGUGCCGAGAAGCAGUGAUAUAGUCCUACCGACAAGCUCUCACAUCAUUCUUAUGUGGCACAUUGCGACCAGCCUCUGCGAGAUGGAGCUUGCCACAGAAUAUCGUGUCAACUUGAGCAACCCAGGGUUUCCGUGUUCCCUCUUGUCUUGGUUCACUUCUUGCUGCUCAUCCCAACCGUAUCUUUUGGACGUGGGUGAGAAGAAAGAUUGCAUCUUGUCAUGGUUCACAAACUGUUGCUCAUCCAAAUCAAAUAUUGACGACAAGAAGAAAAUGAAUGCGAAGUUGCCUGAUUUUUUUUCGAUAAAGGGAAUUCCUUCUAUAAAUGUUCCAAGAAGAUCCGGCUCCAGGAGGCUUCAAAAGGGGCAAAAGGAUCUCGUUCGUUCAAUCCCGCGCACACAGUAAAAAUGCAAUCCCGCUUUUACCUGCAGCCGUCGGAUGCGGUUGUUUCUUUCUCACCCACAGCUUGUCUGAACGGGUCAAUGACGUUUGGGACCAGUCGUGUGUGGGGUCGGCGAGCAGAGGCAGCAACCGUCGCCCGUUCACGUGUCCUUUCUCCUCUCAUUUUCGCGUGCGCGUGGUGGUGGGUGAAAACCCUAGAUCGACAUCGUGCUGAGAAAAAUUCCCCCAGUCCCGGUUCUUGCGUGCCCGUGGGUGGCGGCGACGACGGCGUGGUUGUAGAGGAUGCGGGAGGCGGAAAGGGGAGGAGCAAGGCCGGCUGGCUGUGCUGCAGGGGGGUCGAAGGAGUGGGAGCGACGACUCCGCCCUCGCCAGCUUGCCACUGCCGUCCGCGGGCUCUGGCGCCGUUCCUGGCUCGCCCAUGGGGGCGGCGUCGACGGCGUGGUCUACGGAGGGUGCGGGAGGAGGGUACGAAGGGGCAGCAGCGGGUCGCCGCGAGUAAAGAGGAUGGAGCUCACCCUCUGCUCGUCUCUCUUACGCAACUGCUACCCUUUCCCCUAACCGCAGCUCUUGCCGUGCUUUCCCCCCAAAGAACUCGCCGGCGAGCUGCCGCAACCGAACAUCCACGGAGGCGGUCGAGAGGGGGUGCUGCAGAGCACGUCCCAGUGGAGGCCGGCAGAGCAGAGGGUGCGCCGCCGCCGCCUCGUGCGACGUGAGGGUCAGCGGCCACUCCUGCGCCGGCUCCUCCCUCCUCACCGGCCAGGCGACCUCGCCGGCUCCUCCCUCCUCACCGGCGUGGUUUCUUUGUAACAGCUUGGAUAGCUGCUGCGAUGUAAGCGGGCUGCAGGCAGCACGAGGCUUGAGGCAGGAGGUGGACGAGGAGACAAGGAGGCGAGCAAGAGCAACGAGGGAUGAGCAGCCUCACCGACUCGGCGUAUUCCUCCACGAGUUAGUGCAUAUAUUUUAGUAGAGAUGACGAGAUGAUCUGGCUGUUGGAUUGUUUGGUGGUUCAUCGAUCUAUCUAUCUAUUAUGGUUUUCAUACUGAAGUUGAUCAGUUUGUGAAUCUCUCUGUUGAUUAGUUGCCUAUUUGACUGGCCUACCAAUUCUGGGAUAUUAGAGAUUGAAUUACUGUCAAGAGUACAACAAGGUUGUCACCUAAUCAGCAGACCUCUCCACCCUUCAGGUAUGCCAGCGUUUUGUGAUGAGAUGCGAGGUUGGAUGGAGCUUUGAGGGCAUCCAGUUUGGUGGCGACACACCACAUCUAUUUAUUCUUCCCCAAUUACACUGCUGUUUUGAUUCUCAUGUGUGGAGAUGGAUGUGAAUUACCUAGAGGAAGUGGUUACAAUAUCCGUCUGAAAGAUGCAGCAGGCACAAUAUAAGUUACUGGUGAGCCACCCCCGGAGGAGGGUGAUGGCAUGCCAGUGAAGCUAGCUGGGCAUUUAAAGUUCAUGCUUACAUUGGCAAACCAUAUUCAGCAUUAUUGGGUCCAACGCUGGUAGUAAAGAUGGUGUAGCGGCGAAGAAACCAAAGCGGUUCUGUUCUGCAUAGCCUUUUCUUCAUGGAUAGUUUCUAUUGUGAGUUCUGCUCACAGCCUCACAGGGCUAGGUGGAGAGCUUAUUAGUAUCUUAGUAGUGCUCACUACCUCGAUGUCUUGACGCACACUACUACUCUGUUGGUUCUCUGCUUAAAUGAGGCAUCAAAUAUUCACUCUGCCAAAGUAGUGAAUAUAUGAAUGGUAUUCUUGCUUAGGGUAUUUCUCAAUAUCUCUCUGCUGAUUUAGUCAAUAACUAUAGUAGCCUGACAAUUAGUCCUUGGUGAAGCUCCGGUGGAUGGCGGUGAGAUGCAUGGCAUUUCUUUAGAGCCUUAUAUGCAUCGUUAUGAUUAUGCAUGAUUUAUAGUGUGUUCCAACCAGAGUUGUUCCUUUAUUGGCUAAUAUCAAUGAGAAGUAUAUGUAGCUUAUCCCAACCUCUUGAAGGUUAUGUUCUUCUAUUUUUUUUUGUCUUGGACUGCACACAAUGUUUUCUUUGUCUUUACAUCUUGUUUUCACUGGUCCCCGUUUUUCUUGUGCAGUUAUCUUAAUUUCCCUGUAAAUGUUCAUUUGGGCAAUUAUAAUCCCAGCUUCUUCAAGGUUUAUUUUGAUUUCCUUCUUGUUUCCCCUCGCCUCUAUCUUUUCCUGUGCAAUUAGUCAGGUUUUUUCGUGAAGCAAGGUUGCGUGAGAUUUCUAACUAGCCACAGUAUGAAUUUAUUUCUAUCUUUUCACUUUUAGCCUUGAAUACAGACUACAAUUAACAAGAACACAGUACCACGUUUGAUUCCAUUCUUUCUUAAAAGAGGCUUUUCUUCUGCCGAAUUACGAUUUCAGCUUUCAGUCAAGAACAAACUGAAUUUUGUUUUCCUUGAAGCAUCAUGAACUGAUGUUUUGUGUUGCUUAUUAUGAUUCUGAACUGAUAUGUCUCUUGCUUCUUGCAUCCAGAUAUGAUGCCACUGCAAAUGCUCAUGUGCAAAAUUUACUCUGUUUCACAUUGCACUAUCAUCAUUGUCACUCCAUGAGUAUUAGUUGAGGAAAGUGGGGUUCGGAACUCUAGCAGACCAACUGAAGAAAAGUGGUGUUUCAGCUGAUGGAGAAUCAAACUUAAAUCGAUGGACGGAGCUCCGUUAGGAGGAUGGCAUAUCUCGGUUUGUGUACACCACCUGGGUUCAUGUGCGGUGGACAAUGGUUCGAGCAACCCUGAUGGACCACGGUGUCUGCCGAGCGACCAGCAAAAGGUAUGAACUCGUGUUAUUAUUGGAGAUCAGCAUCUGCCAUGACGACGCUUGUUUUGGUGCGUGGUGGCGGGUCUGCUCGGCGAAAGUUGGACGUCCUACUCCGGCGAAGAUUUUGUUAUGAUGGUUUUGCUAUGCUGCGAUGCUUUGCUCAGAGCUCAUGGAUCAUGCAUGAAGAAAUGAGGAGGAAUCUGAAAGAUUUGUGCAGAGGGCCUCAACCUGGUUUCAUGGUCGAGCUCUCAACAGCUGCUGCUCCCAAUCCUUAGUGACCACAUUGCCACCCGCGUCGUCGCUGCUGCAG